UCAGUAAUAAAUAUGGCUAACCCCAUCUGCGUUAGCGAUAGAUGUUUAUCAAAGAAUUUAUAGUUAUUGAUGAAAAAAACGAAAUAUUGACGAAAAAAGGAAACAAUUAGUGUUAUUAGAUGUAAACAAGAUGAUGUCUUAUACUUAUUCAUUAUUUAGCAGAAUGUGCAUUAUAAACGGACGACGAACUGUAAUAACAGCCGCAGCGAAAGAAAUACAAGACACAAAUAUUUCACCGUUUCGUGUUAUGGAAUCAUACCCUCCGGAACAUGAUAAAAGUCACUUAAAUCGAAUUUAUACAGUACCUGAGACUGUUACUACUUUGCUAACACAAGAUAUGUCAAAAGAGUUAAAGAAACAAAUAACAGUUUUCAACGAGUUCGGCAUUUUAAUUAGAAAACCUGCAAUUGAACUCAUGUCAUACUUGGAACAAACAGAUUAUACAAAGCCCAUAAAUAAAUAUGUUCUAUAUGGUAAAUUAGGAGUAGGAAAAACAACAAUAUUGAUGCAUUUGAUUCAUUACGGUCUUGAAAAACACUUUAUUAUGCUUCAUCUACCAUGGGUUGCCACUUGGUUUCGGUUUCCGAGAAAAGUUGUACAAUCUACCACGAAUCCAGAUCAGCUAGAUCUACCUGAAGAAGCAGCAUUAUGGUUGAGAUAUUUUAAACAAUUAAACGAAUUAUCAUUAUCACAAUAUGAUUUAAAGGUUUCUAAAGAAUAUGUAUGGACGCAAAGAGAAAUGACAAAAUCUGGAGAAUCCCUUUCUCAUCUUAUCGAAUUUGGAAUAGAAAGAAAUAGAUUUGCUUGUGCAGUUAUCACUGCAUUAAUAGAUGAACUUAAAGCAGCUAGCAUAGCAGGGAAAUGUAAAAUACUAGUUGUUAUAGAUGGUUUUAAUGCAUUUACUUCUAAAUGCACGCUAGUGCGUGAUGAAAAUCGUGUAUUCGUUCCACCUUCGAGGGUAUCCAUAACAUCAGCAUUUUUCAAUAUUGUAAAUUACGAUUGGUGUAAUGGUGCUGCUAUAUUAACAGUGGAUGUAAGAGCAAACAAAGAUAGGAAAGAAUCCGACUACCCUAUAUACUUACUUGGUAAAGAAGGAUUUGAAUAUUUAGAUCCCUAUCUUCCUGUUUGCGUUGAAAAUUAUUCUAGAGAAGAGUUUAAAACAAUAAUAGAAUACUACAAAGAUCGAAAAUGGAUCAGGAACAUUAGUCCUGAAGCAGAAAAAGAAUUAGAACUAUUAUCUAACAAGAAUCCAUUGGAAUUGUGGCAGUGUAGUAAACCAAUAUAA